AUGCAAUACAUACUAAUUUCAUAUAUAGAUGGCAUCAUUCAAAAUGCCAAUCCUUCUGGAAAUAACACCUAUUGUAACUGGACUUGGGAUGGCUGUGUUAAGCCUACAGACAUUGUUCAUUGCACAGACCCAAAGAUUUGGGGAACGAGUUUUGAUGAUGGACCUUACGAAGUUACUAAAGAUCUACUGGCUUAUCUAAAGACAAUUAACGUCAAAGUUACCUUCUUUGUCGUUGGUAAACAGGUUAUUGCUCGCCCUGAUGUUCUCAAACAAGCUUAUGACGAAGGCCAUGAAAUUGGUAUUCAUACUUGGGAUCAUAAAGAAUUGACAACGAUUCCCAACGAGCAGGUCAUUGGUGAAUUAAAGUGGACCGAAGAAGCCAUUAAGGAAGUCAUUGGUGUUACUCCUCGUUUGAUGCGUCCUCCUCGUGGUGAUAUUGAUGACCGUAUUCGAUACAUUGUACGUCAACUUGGCUAUGUUCCUGCUAUGUGGUCUGUUGAUUCACAAGACUGGAGAAUCACUGCAGGUGGUCAAACUGAGCAAGGGCUCCUUGCUAAUGUUACCGAAUGGGCCAAACAACUGCCUACUAUGAAGCAAGGUGGUAACUCACUUAUGCAUGACUUGAAUAAUGUCACUGUCGGCGCUGCCAUCAAAGCCUUACCUAUCUUGCAUCCCCACGUUCAACUCAGCCCUGUUGGUACUUGCGCAGGUUGGCACAACGCCUCUUAUCAAGAAAAUACAACAAAUGCCACAGGCACUCCUUCUGCUUCUGCUUCUGCUAGCAUACCUGCAAGCUCAGCGCCUGCUCCUACUGCUUCCUCUCUGCAAGUCACUCCUGCUGGUUCUAUUGCAAAGGGUGCUGCAAGCUCAGCCUCUUCAGUGGAUCAAACUAUUUUCAUGACUGCAUUUGCCACCUUGUUUCUCACUUUUGUUUCCAUGUUGUAG